GAAAUUUCGAUUUCCUCUGUCUGUCAUCCAAACAAACCGUCCUAAUAUUUUCCUCGCUUUUAUUCCCCAUUCACAUCAAGUGUCUUGACUGUUUUGACCAGCGGGAGAGAAAGUCGAGUGCGAACAACGCGCACCGCGUUAAUUUUAGGUGAAGCUGCACCGCAUUGUAGAUUCUGAGGUCCAAAGGCCUUUUGGCUGUUCCGAGUUCAUCCACCACUUUUUUCAAAUCUCUACAGUUUGAACCCUCAUCCUCAGCCCAUCCACGACAUACACACUCUUUUAUAACAUUCUUUUUUUCGAAUCUGCAUGCGAGCUUAUCUUCACCUUCCUUCUAUUUGAGUAUCACUUCGCCAGCUACGAAUCAGAUAUCGACUUUUUACAGAGGAGCAUUAAACUGCUCGACUAUCACUCGAGAAGGCGUGCCCUACUGCUUCAUUGAUUGAUUCUAUUUCUCUCACCGUCUAAACCAAACAAACACCAUGUCCAACUCCGCCAACAAUUCCAGUACAGCAGUCGGGAGUUCUAGAAUAACUGGCGGUUCGGCUGCAAACGGGAGUCGGCCCAAGUCCACUAGUCUUGUCCCCACUAAUAAUGUUACUACCAUGCACGGCGCAACUGUCCGUACACGUAUCGAUCCUACACUUACCGUUGACGAUGUCGUACGUCAACUGUGCCUUAACCUGAAAAUCAUGGAUCCUCCGUCGAAUUAUGCCCUCAGGGAUGAUACAGAUGAGUUGGUCACAAACGAUAACUUGAGAAAAAAGAUCAAAAACAAAGUCCCUCUGAAGCUUGUCAAUGCUUCUGCGAUCGAGGCUGCGGAGAUAGUUCAGAAACUUAGCCUGCGAGAUGAAAAAACUCUACGAUUGACGUUAUUCUCAUUGCAAAAGUUCAUACGAGAGGAAAAAUUCGCUCAAGAAUUUCUCAGUCGUGAUGGUCUUGCAGAACUACUCGAUGUCAUUAAUGUUAACCACGGUAACACACUUGCGUAUGCGUUGACAGCUAUGCAAAAUCUUAUGGAGUUAAACUACGGCUGGUCACUACUCGAUGAUGCAUUCAUAUUCAAAGUCGUUCAAAUACUUUCGUCGUCGCAAUCCCUCAUCAACGUAUGUCGGCCUGCCACUGCUAUACUAAAGAAACUGGUAGAGGCAGACCCUAUGAAUUCUCCUGGUCCAGUGCUUGCGAGUACAAGUCGAGGUCCCCCAUCUGUCCCACCUGGGUCUGUUUAUCGAUAUGGUUUUCAGGCUGUAUUUGAACAGAUGAGAAAGGAGAAGGGCUUGCUAGAGACUGUGGUUAGCCGGCUCGGGAGUGCAGAUACUGCAAUGGCGCUGUAUAGCAUGAUGUUGAUCAACUCUUUAUUAUCACACGUCAAUGACACUCGCUGGGAAGAAUUCAUAUCAGAGCUAGAAAGGUUGAACGUACGGAAAGCAGUUAUACGGUUAAUGUCAUCGCAUAUCAUUGACGACCUAACAUCUUGCAUUCUAGAUUUCCAGGCAAACAUAGUUCGCGUCACAUAUAGGAAGAAGACCACUCUUGUCGAGCCGGAUGUGGAACCUGCUCACGACGCUGCCCUACAGUAUAUCUGGGAGUCCAGCAAACUAACAGAGGAAACCGACGAUGAAGGCAGCGUAGUGAAAUGGCGGAAUCUUGGGUUUUCAAGCGAAGACUUAAUGCAAGAAUUUUCAGAGGUCGGAGUGUUGGGCUUGGAUUGCUUGCGGAAUUUUGUCCACGAGGAUCCAGAGUUUUUCUCUAAGGUUGUCUUAGAACAAAUAAGCCGGCCAGAAGAGCGGAGAUGUCCAAUAGCUAGAGCGUCUAAUGAAAUUGUGGAGCUUUUAUCUGAGCACUGGGCCAUCUUUGCGCCAGGAUACUCAACCUCCACUACAUUCCAGCCUUUCUUCCUGAACUUUUUCAAGGUUCAUGCUCUUGCGACUCACUUCUUCUUGCGGAUGUGGAACGAGAGUGGAUCUGCCAGCGGUGACUUCACGCGAAUUGUGGCUCUGGCUCGCAGCCAAGUUAACGUCGCUCUACAGCGUGAAAACAUUCGACAGUGGCACGAGGUUGAACAGGACCUCAUUGAAUGCGAAUAUCGUGCUGUCAGGGACCGGCAGAUGAAGGAGCUUGAAGCCGAGGAUGAGCUCCUUAGUAAAGUGCCAGUUCGGAAUUUGCGGGAGAAGCUAUACAAAGAAUCGUUCGAAUUUGUUCGUCAACAACGUAUACAAUGCCUGUUGCAGGGUGCUUGGUUCGUUAACGCAAUUCCUUCAUCAACGUCAAACACACGAGAAAUUAUCCGACGCCCAAGUCGCCCAUGGCGAUUCAUGCGGCUGGAUAACGGGUUGAAGUAUUUGCAUUACGUGGAUAGUGCUGUUAAAUUCCCCGUCCGCAACGGUCUCGAAGAUCUGCCAGAACGCAUCGAGAUAGCCUUGAUCAGUGAAAUCGCUACCGGUGCCUGUGCUCCGCCCCCGAAUGUUCUUCGAGACCACAGCGAUCUUCCUCAAACGUCACCCGUCACCCCCUCUCCUCUCUCCUUCUCUCUUUUGACUGCCCAUGAAGGCUCUCUUGCUGAUCAAAUAGCUCCUGAUCAGUCCAGGUGGGCAGACUGGACCGAUGGUUUGAAUAUGCUGCGCAAGGAUAGUGGUCAUGUUACGUCAGAAGAGACAGCAGGUUAUGUUUCGGCGUUGACGGAAAUUGGACUUAAAAUCAAACUCCUUGAUCUAUCUGGUGAAAAGGUAGAGAUACCCAGUGGUCUGGUGGCUGGACCUCCACCAAACAACACCGACUUUUUCUUCUCGGAUUUACUUUGAUGCAACUGGGCCUGGGCUUGUGCUUGUAGUCGUGUCAGGAAACCUCCCUGUUUAUGGAUGUAAUGAUAUAGUCGUCGUAUUAUCUUGCGCAAAGCGCUUAUAUAGUUAAACAACAUCCCAGGCUGUGAAUGUUAGUGUUAUGAUAAUGAGGCACAUGCAGUUGAUGCAAAGUUAGAUGAGUAGUACAAGGUAAAGCAGUUGAUGCAAUGAGGGGUUAGAUCAUAAAUGCUAGAUGAAGUGCGGGAAAUGGAAAUUAAGGGGAUGGACAACAAUCGAAAGGGGCCAAGAGCGCAAAAGUUAACGGGGGUUGAACCCGAAAUACGAUAGGCGAAAGGGGACGUGAGUUGGAUCAUGCAAGAUAAUAUAGAACUAAACCAUUAGUUUGGAAUGCCUUUGGCGGUUGUGGAUCCGUUGGGAUGCGCUGCAGCGUAUUCCUCGCCGGCUUUGAAGAAGGGCUCGAAGAUAGCGUUUGGUAGUGUGAAGUCAUUGUGUACGACGUUGACUAGGAAAGAGGUCUCCAUGAUUUCCGAGAUUAGUUGAUGCGAUGGCGAACCAGCAUCGUAAAAGUUAGCCCAUUGCACACCGAGUUCGUAUGCUUCAUCCUUCCAGGCCAUGAAACUGAUUGCUUCCACUAUAGUAGGUUGGAUGAUCUCUUUCCCUGGGAAGACACCCCAUGUGACAGCGUUGGGUCCCUCGGAAUGAGUGUUUGUCCGAAGGUCUCCCUGUUUGUUAAUCACGUAGUAUGUGAUAUUGCUGUCCCGUUCAAUGUGUGUUAGCAACAAGUUGAGUAAUUCAGGCCCAACAAAGAACUCCAGAUAUGCCUUUUGAUAGACAUAUCCAUUACUUGGUCCCCAGCCAAAUAGCUUAUCAUCACUCUUGGCACCAUUUACAGCAGGCUGAGAGUUGAUCGUCAGGAAACCUAGUUCGUUCAUCUUGGAGAGCUGCGGAGCAAUGGCGGAUGUCUCUUUCGAUGCUUUCUGGUCUGACCAUGGCAAAGCAGAAAGCUCCUUUGAGCAGAAACGACUGAACAACGUUGUUAUUUCGUUGAAAGUGGUGGGCUGACCCCAAAGUUUCAUUGCGUCCUCUUUUGUUUGCUUUAUCCAUACACCAUAACCGUCAAGUUCACCAUAAGCAGGACUCCGCGAGUCACCGAACCGUCCGUUGGGAUAUUCAUCCCAGUUCUCAGUGCGCGAUAGGUAAGAUUUAGUGCGAUUAGCCCAAAAUAUGGGACGAAUAUUCUCUUGCCGUCUAUUAGGGGUAAGUGACUGUCUCCAUGGCAGAGGCUUGAUCGUCUCGACUCGCGGAACAAGAUUCAGUUCUUCGAGGAGCAUCUUGGUACCCUUUUCCAGGUUCAUGGUAUAAAAGUGGAGACCUCUUAUUCCAAUGUCUUCUUUCAGAAUACGUAGACACAUUUCGGCAACCAGCUUUGUCC